AUGACGAUGAUGAUGUCGAUGAACGACGACGAUGACGAAAGUGAUAACGAUGACGAUGACGAUGAUGAUGACGAUGAUGAUUACGAUGAUAAUGACGAUGACGAUGCCGAUUAUGAUGACGAUGACGAUGAUGACAACGUUGAUGAUGACGAUAACGAUGUCGAUGACGAUGACGAUGACGCUGUCGAUGACGAUGACGAUGACGAUGUCGAUAACGAUGACGAUGACGAUGUCGAUGACGAUGACGAUGACGAUGACGAUGACGAUGACAAUGACGAUAAUGAUGACGAUGACGUUGACGAUAAUGAUGCCGUUGACGACGACGAUGACGAUAACUAUGACGAUGACUUAAGAUGA